CUCCAACAAAAAUUCAACCGCAGUGGUGAGAACCUGCCCCACAACUCUCGUCGAACUCGUCGAACCCGUCGAACUCAGCGAACCACGGCAACCUCCCUCCAUAUCAAUCGCCAUGGCCGCCGCUGACAAAGCCCGCUUCUACCUGGAGCAGUCGAUCCCAGAGCUGCACGAGUACGAGAAGAAAAAAGUUUUCAACAAGGAUGAAAUCGCCGCGAUAACACGCAAGCGCUCGGACUUCGAGCACCGGAUCGCGGCGUCCGGCUGCAGCGCGCAAGUGUUUACACGGUACGCAUCAUACGAGAUGAACCUGUCCUCUUUAUUCCGGCUGCGGUGCUCGCGGCUGCAGAUCCGCGCGCGGAUGCACUACGGGACGCGGCGGAUAUUUUUCAUUCUCGAUCGGGCAACACGGAAGUUUCCGGGAGAUGUGGGCUUGUGGCUGCAGUAUAUCGAUUAUGCGAAGAGGGAGAAGGCGAAUACCGUGCUCGCGAAGGCACUAGCAAACGUGCUGAAGCUUCAUCCCGCGAAACCGAUGUUGUGGAUUCUGGCCGCGAGGCAGGCGGUCGAGGGUGAGGGGGAUGUCGCGGCUGCGAGAAGUCAUAUGCAGAGGGGUCUGAGGUUUAAUGCUAAAAGUAGAGAACUGUGGAGGGAGUAUGCCAAGCUCGAGAUGGUGUUUGUGGCGAAGGUGUUCCUGCGCCGGAAGGUGCUCGGGAUCGAUCAGCCGAAGGAGGCGGAGGCGCAGGCGGACAAGGACGCGGACGGCGACGAGAAUAUGUGGAAGCUGCCGGAGAUCACGGGCGAGGACUUUGAAGGCGUCAAGAAGGACAAGUCGCUGGACACGAUCGCGCUCGAGAAUGCCGAGACCAACCCCGCGCUUAACGGCGCGCUGGCGAUCGCGAUCUUUGACCAGGCCAUGAAGGAGAUUCCCGGCGAUCUGGCGUUCGCGGCCGAGUUCUACGAUCUGUUUGCGCAGUUCGACCGGCUCAGCUGCUGUGCGAGGCUGCUCGAGCACGUCGUUAAGCAUAUGCUCGAUACUGCGCCCAAGAGUGCCAGGUCGCUGUGGCUGGGUGUACAACUGCCGCUGUUUGGUGUCGACACGGCCGACCCGUUGUUCCCCGGACGGUUGUCGACGGCUCUCUCCGGCAUGGCGGCGGCGGUUGGCGAGACCGAUCAGAAGAGCGAGCUAUACCUCUCCUUUGUUAGGUACUUCACAGGGCUCCUGGAGGCCUCGCCCGAGCUGGAUGCCGGCAUCAGGAAGGUCAUCUCGGCCAGCUUGAUCAAGUACUUCAAGCAGGCAGAGAAGGAGGGCGAGACCACGCCUGAGCUCUACGCACUGUGGGUCCAGUUCACGGACCGAAGGGAAAAGAAGGAGGAAGCGGCACGAAUAGCACAGAGAGGGCGUGAGAGAUAUCCCGGAGAUCUAGUGUUGUUGCAAUUGGAGGGGAGCGAGUCGAAAAGUUCUUGAUUUCACACUAUUGGCAUAAUG